AAACAAAGGGCUUCAAUAGUAAGUUGAGAUACUGACCAGGUGAAGCGAGUUGAGCGCAGCGGAAAGCAGACCCCCAAGAGCAAUGCAACGAACACCCUCUAAGCGAGGAUUCAAAGUGGGUAUAAAGACAGGGUUCUCGUAGCCCAAACAGAGACGGCCGCCGUCGCCUUUACCCCAAGCCGACGUCAAACGAACCGCCAUUCCCGCGGAUUUCUUCAAUACCGCCACCGAGAUGGGCGGAGGAACCUCUGCCGCUGUACAGAAUCCGGUUACCUUUCUUCUAGAUCUAUGGCUUAGCCAUAGAGAUUGGUUGUCUCCCAAUGAAGUCAUCAAAAUCAUCCAACAAAUCAGGGAUCCUCCCGCUGUGCUCGCGUUCAUCCACCAAUGGUCCAAUCGCAAGGACUACAAACCCAACAAAGAAAUCUACACUCUGGUUGUGUCCAGGCUUGCGGAGGGGUGUUUGUUUGAUGAUAUUGAAACAGUGAUGCUGAGAAUAAAAGCCGAGAGGAAUUUUCGGUUGUCCGAUGAGUUUUUCUACCAUGUUAUCAAGAUUUAUGGCAAUGUUGCUGGGCGUAUAGGUAAAGCGAUUGAAACCCUUUUCGAUAUGCCUAAUUAUAACUGCUGGCCGAGUGUUAAAACCUUUAAUUUUGUGCUUAAUUUGCUUGUUUCGGCGAAGAUGUUUGACGUUGUUCAUGAGGUGUAUAUGGGUGCUCCUAAGUUGGGGAUUGAGAUUGAUGCUUGUUGUCUUAAUAUACUCAUCAAAGGGUUGUGUGAGAGUGGGAAUUUCAAUGCUGCACUCAAGGUGUUCGAUGAAUUUCCUCAACAAAAGUGUAGGCCAAAUGUAAGAACAUUCUCAACGCUUAUGCAUGCAUUGUGUGACAAUGGUGAACUAGAGAGAGCAUCUGAGCUUUUCUCUAAAAUGGAAAACGAAGGUGUUUGUCCAGAUACUAUAACGUUUAACAUAUUGAUUUCGGGUCUUAGAAAGCAGAAGAGGAUUGAAGAGGCCAUAGAACUUUUGGAGAGAAUGAAGCUUAAAGGCUGCUACCCCAAUGCAGGGACUUAUCAAGAGGUUUUGUAUGGCCUGCUCGACUCGGGUAGGUUGAUCGAGGCAAAGGAUUGUAUGCGUCGGAUGAUUUUGGAUGGUAUGGACCCAAGCUUUGUUUCUUAUAAGAAAUUGUUGUCUGGGUUAUGCAAGAAGAACUUGACUGAGGAUGUUGAUUGGGUUCUAAAGCAGAUGGUUAUGCAAGGUUUCAUCCCGAAAAUGGAGAUGUGGAAAGCGAUUUUACGCUGUACGUUAGCAGGAAAUGAAGAUUACAGUGAUGCCACUGGUAAAGUAAUCGAAAAAUUGUGAUGCAAUGAUGUUCAUCUCGGUAUAACUGAAAA